UCUGCCACGUCCUAAAACCUCGAAUAGGCGAAGUCUCUAUUUGCAUUGAUUCUGAAGUCUAUACCUAAACAUAGAUUUCUAAAUUUUGUUGAUUUCUUCGUUUCGAAUUGUGAAAUCUUACUUUGAAGACACGGCACUUAAACGAGGAUAAAGAAAUAGACUAAAGAUAAUAGUUUUAAAACUAACUAUCUAGAUCUAAAUGAAAUAUGGCUAAAUCCAAGUAAUUUGCUGGUGACGAUGCGGAUGUACAGAUGACAGAGUCGUUUGUGUUUGACUCUGAGCUGAGUCGAGCCUAACCGCCCUAAGCUAAGCCUAAAUACUAAAUGCUUUUUUUUUUUUGUCUUAAACAACCACCAAGAAUCAAAGCUAGAUUAUAUUACAAGUUGAAACAUGGGACAAGCUACAAGUGCUCAAAACUUAUCAGGAAUGGCAGCUCAGGGAAAUUCUGUUUCAGCUGCUCAGAAAAAAGAUGAUGGAGUCACAUGGUGGUGUAAAAUCCUGGCAACAACAUGUUGCAUAGUCGCAGGCAUAACUGCCAUGAUCACUGGGCUUUUUCGUAUAAUAACAUUUACACCAAUCUGUUUAGUGGCCGGCAUCCUGCUCAUGUUGCUUGGUUUUGGAAUAAUACUUCUAGAGGCACCUUGUUGCUGUCAGUUUCUUGAAUUCAUUCAACCCAUCAGUAGAUUUAGUCAGAGAAGGUCAUACUGGCAAAAAGCCAUAGCAUAUUCAUUACCAGCCUUCAUUCCUCCCAUAAUGUGUUUCUCUGUGACCACAAUGUGUGGAGGAGCACUGCUGGUAGCCUCAGGAGUCAUCUAUGGUCUGAUUGCACUGGGAAAAAAGGCCGACAGAGAGACCAUGAUGUCCAGAGCAAGGGGAGACGAUGUUGAGCUGAAUGAGACACUCAUCACGAAUGAAGUCACACCCAUGCCAGCUAAUCCUUAGUGAAUAGAAUCUCAUUAGUACCUAAUCAAUUGGCUUAUAUCUCUGUAUCCAUGUAGAGUCUGGUUAGUUUUUUGUCUGUGCAAAAUUAUCAGUAAGUAGAGAGUCUCAGGUUGUAUCCGACACAAGCUCAAGUCAUAAAAGUUGUAAUUCGUGACCCAAGUAGUUAUAGAAUAUUUUUUUACCAGCUUUUUUAUUCGGUGGUGAACAUUACAUAAGGCUUCACUUUUUUUUCAUGACUUUUGUAUGGGUAUUAUAGUAAAACAACUUGCGAGCAUCCCAAAUGGAUUGACUAACUACAAGGAGGCUUGAGUUUGAAUCCCCAUGUGGACCAGGAGGUUUUAGCUCAGAUUAGUGUUUGUCGUGUGCCCAAUGGCAGUAGAGAAACCUUUUCCAAGAUACCCC